CAGAUCAGAUCAACCAUUGUCUGGCGUGCCCUCUAACAGAAUCACCUGAAGGGGAUUUCUCAGGUUUCUUCAGGAUGCCUGCAGCACUAGUGGAGAACAGCCAGGUUAUUUGUGAAGUUUGGGCCAGCAAUCUAGAAGAAGAGAUGAGGAAGAUCCGAGAAAUAGUGCUCAGUUACAGUUAUAUUGCCAUGGACACAGAAUUUCCAGGUGUUGUGGUGCGACCAAUUGGUGAAUUUCGAAGUUCCAUAGAUUAUCAAUAUCAGCUUCUUCGGUGCAAUGUUGACCUUUUAAAAAUUAUCCAGUUGGGCCUUACAUUCACGAAUGAGAAGGGAGAAUAUCCUUCUGGAAUCAACACUUGGCAAUUCAACUUCAAAUUCAACCUUACAGAGGACAUGUACUCCCAGGAUUCCAUAGAUCUCCUUGCUAACUCAGGACUACAGUUCCAGAAACAUGAAGAGGAAGGCAUUGACACGUUGCACUUUGCAGAGCUGCUUAUGACUUCGGGAGUGGUUCUCUGUGACAAUGUCAAAUGGCUUUCGUUUCACAGUGGCUAUGACUUUGGCUACAUGGUAAAGCUGCUUACAGAUUCUCGUUUGCCAGAAGAGGAACAUGAAUUCUUUCAUAUUUUGAACCUUUUUUUCCCAUCCAUUUAUGAUGUGAAAUACUUGAUGAAGAGCUGCAAAAAUCUUAAGGGAGGCCUUCAGGAAGUUGCUGAUCAGUUAGAUUUGCAGAGAAUUGGAAGGCAGCAUCAGGCAGGGUCAGACUCCCUGCUGACGGGAAUGGCAUUCUUCAGGAUGAAAGAGUUAUUUUUUGAGGACAGUAUUGAUGAUGCCAAGUACUGUGGGCGGCUUUAUGGCCUAGGCACAGGUGUGGCCCAGAAGCAGAAUGAGGAUGUGGACUCUGCCCAGGAGAAGAUGAGCAUUCUGGCCAUGAUCAACAACAUGCAGCAGUGAUGGUGGCGAGGCUCUGCAGGUGGGCCUGACCCGGAAUGGUGCUGACUGUGCUGACUGGUCUGUGCAUACUCGUCUCCUUCCCUGAGAGAAAAUGCUUCUUUUGAGCAAACUGUACCUACCAUCUGCGUUGAGCAGAAAGACUUCUGUUUUACUGAAGACAAAAGAUGUCUUUAUUUUAGAUCCAGAAGAGGGGCGUUUGCUCUGAAUUUGUAAACAGGUCUUCCCCUUUCCUCACCCCAAGCCUCUCCUCUCCAGUUGCCUCUUGCCACCAGCAUCCAUGUCUCAUUUGACACCUUUUUAAAUAUCCAGGACAAGUCAAACAAACUAGUAAAAUGUAUAUAUUCUUACCUGUUGUCAUUCUUUUUUUUUUAAAUUUGUUGCUAAUCUCUGAGGAUGAAGACUUCUUGCUGUGAUUCUCAGCUGAGCUGAGGGCUUCCAGGAAAAAUGGAACAAAAUGGUGUUCUUGGGAAGUGGGUUAGAGAUGUCUUUUCUUUUUCUUUUUCCUCUUUUUAAAAUUUUUGAACCUGUCGACAUUGGCUUUCCUCGCACUUUGGCAGUCUUUAUGUGGUAUUGUAUGGAAAUGAAUUGCUCAGUGCUGAAAUUUGAAGACCAGAUAUUGAAAACAUUUCUUGAAAGCAAACAUUCUCCUGAAUCUGUUACUCAUGAGAAACUUCGGUAUGGGUGUUCAGUUACCACUUAGGUGUCAUUAAUCCUUUGUUCCAUCGUGCUGCAGGUCUGCUAUCACGUGUGCACCAUCUGAAAUCAUUUCACGUUUUCAUAAAAUAAAAUAUCCUGGAUUUGAUCUUGAAGGAAAUUAAUAAGAUCAGAUUUUUGGCUUAUAAUCUCUUGUAUUUUCAGUCAUGAGGUUUCAGAUGGUCAUCUGUAUUCUCCCACCUUCUCCAUUUUCCCUGCUUUUCCUUUCA